AUGAGCACUCCAAAGAUUACGCUGUACACCAGCCACCAGUGUCCCUGGGCGCACCGUGCUCAUAUUGCCCUCAAGGAACUGGGACUGGACUACGAGGAAGUCAUCAUUGACCUGACCAAGCCGCGAGAGUCGUGGUAUCUGGACAUCAAUCCGCGCGGCCUUGUCCCCUCCAUCACCUAUGGUGAGCACAUCAUCACGGAGUCCGCAGUUGUUGCCCAAUUCCUGGCCGACGCCCAUCCGUCGCACCUCCUCCCUCCGUCCAACAGCGAGAACGGUGCGAUCCAACGCGCUCGCAUCGCCUUCUUCGUCGACACGUUCUUCAGCAAGGUCCAACCCCACUUCCAGACGUCCUUGCGGGCCUCCACCUCGGAGGAACGGGACGCUGCUGCGGAGGCACUUGUCGCUGCGAUCCAAUCGGAACUGGAGCAUCAGCUGCCGGAGGGUUCGGAUGGCAAAGGUCCGUUCUUUGGCGGUAGCGAGAAGCUGACCUUGGCCGAGGUGCUGACCGGUUCAUUCCUUCUGCGCAUUCUCUCCUUCCACAGACACGGGUUGCUGAGUGAGAAGGUCCCGAGCUUGCUGGAGGACACGCCGCGGUUCAAACGGUGGGCGGAAGCAACCGUGCGGCAGGAGAGUGUGAACUAUAUUUGGGACGAGAAGGUGUCAGCGGAUGCGAUAAAGGCCAAGCUGGCGGCACUCGCAAGGAAGUGAACAUGGAGAAUGUGUCUAUAAAUGAUUUCCGCUGCAGGAGCUUGACUCAUUGAUUGAUAGCAUGAAUGGAUGAAUGAAUGAAUGAAUGCGUGCAUCCAACCCCGGAGUCACAUGACGCGGCUCCACGCUCUCCCGGCUUCCGGCCAAAGUACGUAAGCAUGUGCACGGUGCAAACAGUGCAAAGUACGGUCAUGUCUGCCUUGGGCACCGACUCGCAUCCCAUACCAACGCUUUUAUCGAUGGAGAUCCCACCCCAGAGCGUAAGCCCGAUGGCCCCCAGGGGGAGGUAAAAAAACGACGACCAUGUCUUGGU